AAAAUCAUGACAUAGCGCUUGUUGGCGUGAUGAGUUGAUUUCUGGAGGUUUGAUAGUUUGAUUUGAUUCACCAAAUCUCCAAAUAAUCGAUGCCAUUAAUUCGAUUUUAUAUUGUUAAUAGGGAAUCUAAAAGUUGCCUUUGAAGUUAUAUUGUAAUAUUUCCAAGCAAGAUGCCGCCACGCGUUGAUGACGUAAUGAAACUGUGUUGUGAGCUGUCCGCAAAUCAGCAAGUGAAAACAGCAGUAAAGCAGUCUGGAAAAGGAGCAGCGGCCGCUGGUGGUUUGGCUUUUGCAGGAGGCCUAAUAGGUGGUCCAUUGGGAAUUGCAGUGGGUGGGGCUGUUGGUGGACUGCUUGGAUGCUGGAUGACUAGCGGACAGUUUAAACCUCUACCUCAGGUUAUCAUGGAACUGACACCUGACCAGCAGCGCAGACUCUAUGAGGAUGUUGUAACCAUUUUAGGCUCAAUAACAUGGACUGAUAUUGCACAGCUGACUGCUCUUGUAAUGGGAAAUGCCACAUUACAGCAACAAGUGACCGCUGCUCUUCUGGGCUAUAUACAAAAGGAACUUCAAGCUGAAGUGCAUUAUGUAGACUGAUGUAACCUUAUUUUUAAUGAGAAACAACAUUUCAAACCUUAUAAUCAUGUGUCAUACAGGUUGUUUGAUUGGAUGCUUGAGUACUGUAGUUGAAACUGGAAUACAACAUAUUAAUACUGUGGUACUGUAUAAAAAUGUUUUUAACUUUAUAUGGUACAUUUGAAUCUGUGAAAUCUUGUUUCCUCCACAGGAUAAAAAAGGUAAUUGUGAGUUGUUGUUUUUUUUCAUCUUACAAUUAUGACUGUUCUUCUCGCAAUUCAGAGUUUAUGUCUGACAAUUCUGACUCUUUUCUUGCAUUUAAAAAAAAAAAGAAAAAAAAGUCAGAAUUAUUCCAUGGCAGAAACAAAAAAUAGAAUUGCGAGAUGUAAACUCAGAAUUCUGCAGGAAAAAAAACAGUUGUGUGAGAAAAAUAAUGUGACUUAAUCGCACAAUUCAGAUUUUUUUUCCUCGCAAUUUUGAGAGAAAAAUCUGUUAUUUCAUGAUGGGAAAAGAAAAAAAAACAGAAUUGUGAGAAUUCUAAGGGGAAAAAAGUCUGAUUGUGACUUGUGAAAAUCUGAAUUGAGAGAGAAAAAGUCACAAUUACUUUUUACCUUUUUUUCCCCCAUCUUUGCAAUAAUAUCCUGACAUAAUGUGCAGCUUGUUUUCAGAACAAUUAGGAAGAUUGUACAUUGUAGAAUAUGUGAAUGAUAUUGUUGAAUGCCUUUCAACAAAAAAAUAUUUAAUUAAACUUUUUUUGGUG